UCUCAUCAUCUCGUGAGGACCUUCGACCUUGGCCAAAGCUUCCCUCCAUCCACCGUCUUCUCGUCUCCGCUCGCAUCGCCUUCAUCGGCAAACCACCAAUCCAUCGAGCUCGGAGCAGUCAUCACUGGAUUGAGAACCGGCCAUCCAUCCUUCAAUCUCCGAUGGGUUGCUCUUCGUCGCUCCCAGCCAGAAAUUCUGGACAAAUAGGCUCCUUGAGUACUGAGGGAUCUUCAGUUUCUGACUCAAAAAACUUGCGUGUAAAGUUAGUAUUACUUGGAGAUUCAGGUGUUGGUAAAAGCUGUAUUGUCCUCCGCUUUGUUCGUGGCCAGUUUGACCCCACUUCCAAGGUAACUGUUGGAGCAUCAUUUUUAUCUCAAACAGUGGCAUUGCAAGACUCGACAACUGUCAAGUUUGAAAUUUGGGACACUGCUGGUCAAGAAAGAUAUGCUGCAUUGGCACCGCUUUAUUACCGAGGAGCAGCUGUUGCUGUUGUUGUCUAUGACAUAACAAGUCCCGAGUCAUUCAGUAAAGCUCAGUACUGGAUUAAGGAACUGCAAAAACAUGGAAGUCCUGAUAUUGUAUUGGCUUUGGUUGGUAACAAAGCUGAUCUGCAUGAAAAUAGAAGUGUGCCAUCUCAGGAUGCUAUUGACUAUGCUGAGAAGAAUGGUAUGUUCUUUAUUGAAACAUCAGCAAAGACAGCAGAUAACAUCAACCAACUCUUCGAGGAGAUUGCCAAAAGAUUGCCACGACCAACGUUCCACUUCCUAACGGUGAAGCCAAGGAAUUUGAGCAUGAGUUACAUAGAGCUUUCAUAUACCCUGUUAUGGUUACCCACUAUGUAACAUAAUGAUCAAACUUAUUAUGAUGCUUGUUAUCCUGUUAUCUUUCAGAUAUUUAUGACCUUGUUCUCCUUAAAAUUAUCUCACAAGAGCAUUGUGGAGCUCUAUUCAA